UAAACUUACAAACAUAUUUUCGCUUGAACAAGCAAUUUAUAGUUUUAUAGUUUUCUUGAUUAUACAAGCAAAAUGUUUUUUUAAACUAAAUAAAUUGAGUUAAAUGUAAAUAUAAAAAACAAAACGCAAUAUGCCCAAAACUGCAAAUAGAGAAUCAACACAAAAAUUCAAUGCUCGAAUGGUUCAAAAAUAUCCCAAUAUCUUGGAUAUUGAGGAAUCAACAUUAUAUUGCAAAUUAUGUCUUUGCAAUUUCUAUGGCACAAGGAUCUUUAGUAUACAUCAACAUUUUCGUACUAUGAAACAUCGUGCCGCCCUACAGAAUGCUGUCGGAAGUCAUAUAAUUCCAAUAGUAAAAGUACCUCCAACUCCACCAGUUGUACAAGUGAAAUUAGAUACUUUUAGUUUGGAUUUAUGCACCACUUUUCUGGAGGCCAAUAUACCUAUGGAAACCAUAGACAAUCCAGCCAUACAAGCAUUUUUGCAAAAAUAUACCAAGAAAAUCAUACCUAACGAGUCCAAUUUAAGGGCCAAUUAUGUACCAGCUUUAUGUGAGAAAUAUAUACAAAAAUUACAACAAAAAGCUGAAAAUAAACAUAUUUGGUUAUCGAUAACUGAAACGCUCGAUAGUGAACAGCAAUUGAUGGUGAAUUUUGUAUUUGGUCUAAUGGAAGAGGAAGAAAAGGGUAAAUCUUAUUUGUUAAAUAUGACACGUUUAAAGCGCGCUAAUGCCAGUUCUUUGGCAGCCUUUAUAAAUAAUUCAUUGCAAAUUCUAUGGCCGGAAGGUAUUCAGUAUGAAAAUGUCCUUUUGGUGGUAACACCUGCUGAAGGUUAUAUGAAAACUGCUUUACAAUCUUUGAAAGUUUUAUAUCCCAAUAUGAUUUAUGUUAAUUGUUUACUACAAUCUUAUCAGAAAAUGUUGGAAUAUUUACAAAUACAUUUUUCACAAGUUGAUAAGUUUAUUAACAGUUGUGAGGCAGUGUUUUCAAAGUCUCCUCAUCAUCAACAUAUAAUGCGUACAAAAUUCAACACCUUAAUUUGCCUUCAAUCACAGACCGCUCUAGUACUACACAAACCUGGCUAAAAACUGCCCUUUACUACCACAAUAAUUUUAACGAUAUUAAAUAUCUACUAGAAAUGCUACACCAGGAAGAUGAUAGCGAUUCCCCCUGCCAACAACAAGCACACACUUUAAUACAAAAUACUUCUCUGGAACAAGAGUUAAAUUUUCUUAAAGAAAAUUUUCAAUCUCUGCAUCGAAGUAUAACAAAACUUGAGACUAGAGAUUUAACUUUGAAUGAAAGUCUUGCUACAAUUGAUUUGAUCAAAACAGAUAUACAAACUACUGAGUUUAUUGAUAAAUUCAAUAAAAUUAUUAAUGAAAAUGAUGGUCUACAGGAAUUAAUUUCGACAAAUUGGAAAAUUAAUUUAGUUAUUAAGGAAAAACCACAAGAUGUAUUUGAGGAAAACUUAUACUUAUAUAAAUAUGCUCCUGUGGUGGCGGCAGAUGUGGCGCUUCUAUCAUAUGCUAAGAGUUUACUCGAAAAUGAUAAAACUUUAAGUUUAAGAAAUGUAAAACAAGAAAAUUAUGAAUUUUCAUAUGAUAAUUGAAAGAAAUAAA